AUGGACCAUGCACGAAUUCUAAAUUUUCUAAACUCUUUAUAAAAUUAAGCUUGUAUGAUAAAGUAAGAGGGUAGAAUUGAUACUUAAUAAACAGAUAAUGCAUAAUGUCCCAAAGAAUCAUUAAAGAGUUUAUAUGAAAAAUUCACAAAAGAUUAUUCAUUAUAAAGAGCUAGAGUAAAUUGGAUGAUGUUAUAUAUUUAGACCUUAAGUAGAGAGGAAAGAUUGGCAAAUCAUUUGACAUCCAAUUCUCUAUCAUAUGGGGAAAUAGUAAGUAAAUAUGUUUUAAAACAAAAGGAAUUCACAUCUUUAUCUGUUGUCUUUCAAUAAGUAAAACCAAAAAAAGGAGGAGUCUUUUAUGAUUUAGGCAGUGGUAUUGGUAAGAGUGUGAUUGCUGCAUCAUUAAUGCAUUAAUUUGAUAUUUGUAAAGGAAUUGAACUGUUACAUUCUUUGCAUGAAUAAGCAUGUAAAUUAAAACAAGAAGUUGAAAAAUAGAAAACUCUUAUUGUAGAUGAAAUGGAAUAAAUUGGAAUAAAAGAAUAUCAAUAACCUAAAAUUGAAUUUAUCAAUGGAGAUUUCCAAGAAGUAUAAUUUUCAUUCACGAAAUCAAGUUAGAUUGGAGUGAUGGUACCUUCUUGUUUGCUUCAACUACUUGUUUUGAACCAGAUCUAAUGAAGCAAUUAAGUAAAAAGGCUAUAGAUUUAAAGGAGGGAUCUUAUUUUAUAACUGUUACUAAAACACUAGAACCUUAGACUUGUUGGGAUCUUAUUAAAUCUAUUUAAGUUCAAUUGUCUUGGGGAUUAGCUACAAUUCACAUAUAGCAAAAGAAAAUGAAUUAGAUUUAACAAUAAUAAAAAUAAUUAUGAAAUAAUCUCAUUCUAAAAAGAAUAUAACUAACAGUCUUUAUAUUGCUAACAAUUAACAUACAGAACUAAUAGAUUAUCUUAAAUAAGAAAAUAAACAAUUAACUGAAUAAAUGAAUGAAUUAAAGGGAUUACUAUAAUUAAAUAAAAAGGCAUUGAGAAUAAUGACACCUCAAAAUAAUGAUGAAUAAAAUAGAGCUUUAUUGAUGGUUAUGAAAAAUUUAUAAGAAGAAAAUGCUAAAUUGCAUAAUCAAAUUGAUAAACUAAUUGAAGAAAGGAAUCAAGCAUAAAAUUAAGUAUUAAUAAAUUAAUAAAUCACUGAAGAAGCUUAACGACAUGAAAAAGAAUUAAUUUUAUCAUUAUAGAAUAAAAUAUAAACAUUAUAAAAUAAUCUCAAUAAAACAGAAUAACAAUUAAGUAAAAUGGAAUAACUCAAACCUGAAUAUGAUGAAAUAUCAGGAAUUGUAAUUAAAUACAAAGAAAUAUGUGAACCUGAUAAAAUUGCUAUUAAAUUUCAUAAUCAAAUAGAAAUGCUAACAUAUCAAUUAGUAGAAUAGAUUAAGAAGAAUAAAGUUAUUGAAGCUGAAAAAUAAAAACUACAAGGAUUUAAUUUAGUAUUAUAUUUAGACUAUUCAUUUAGAAACUAAUGAGUAAUCUAGUUUAAAUGAAGAAUACAGCUAUGACAUAUCAUGGUAAUAAACUCAUUAUUCAAUAAUAACAGAUUUAAUAAGGACCAGAAUAAUUAAUUAAAUGUAAUUACAACAUUAUAAUUAUCUUAGUCUAAAAUAAUUUGUUAAAUGUUAUGAAUAAAUAAGAAGAUGAAAAUUCCUCUUAAGAUGAUAAAAAUUCUUCAGUUGGUAGUUCACCUUUGAUGUCACCUCUACCAUUAAAAUAGGAGAAUUAAGUGGUGAAAUAAAUAAAGGACAUUCCUAAAUUAGAUCUCACUAGAGCAAAAUAAAUAUAAGAAAUAAAUGCUAAAAGAUAGAUAUAAUAAAUGUAAGAUAUUAAAAAGUAAAUUGAUCCUAAUUUUGUUGAUAAAUUAAAUAAAUAUGAAAGAAUUAUAGAGGAAUUGAGGAAGAACUAUUAAAGAGAAAUGUUAUUAAAUAAAACACUUGAGACAGCAAAUAAUUAAUUAUAAAGGAAUUGUGAUGAUUUAGAAGUAUUUUAUUUAUAAUAAUUCAGAAUUAAAUUUAAAUAUUAAUAACUUCAAAUAUAAGACAUCAAGAAAAAUUAUAGAAAAUCAAUAAACAAUAUUAUUUUCUACAAUAAUUUUACAUCAAUAAUAAAGAUUAAAUAACUACAACUCAAAGUCAUAAUAGAAGAUUUUCGUAAAGUCCAACAGAAUUAUCUUAGGAAAUGAUCUUAGAUACUUCUUUUAUUGAUGCAAAUGGAGCUAUAAUUUCAAAUGAAAUAUAAGAACAAAAAUAUUUAUAACAACAAAUGUUUGAAUAACAAUAAUAGUAAUAAUAAUUCUAAUAACACUUUUACUCCUUUUAUAGUCCUAAUAAUAUUGAAGAUUCUAAAAAGUUUCUAUUGAGUUUAGCUGAAUUAAUUUAUUGUGGAUUAUAGGAUAAGAUAGAAUAAUUAUAAUAAUAAUAGUAAUAAUAUUAACAAGAAAAGAAGUAAUAGAGAUUCAGAUCUGUAAGUGAUAUAAUCGAUUACUAACACAUAGGAUUUCAUAAAUAUAAUUAUAUUUAGCAAUAAUGA